AAAGGGAAAAGAUAAAAAACGAACAAAAUGAAGGGAAAAUUUUGGACACCUUUUUCUAACCCAUCUUUAUUUAUUUGUUUUCUGCCAAAGAAAAGAUACCAAAAUGACUACCUCACUAAAAAGCAGUAAUACCAGUAACUUAUUAAACAAUAGUCAAAAUGAUAAAUAAUAAUACAAUGAGUCCAAGGAGACACAAUAAGCCUCUCGAUUUAGAGAUUGAUACAUCACCUGUGAAAUCAAUAUCACCAAGUUCCAUCACAUCCAAAACAAACGCCUUCUUUCAUGUGUCAACAGAUCCAGUAAGCUUACCUCGCCCACCGCCCUCAUUGUCCCGCAAAAUAUCUAUUAGACAGACUGUACCUUCUACAGCAGCUGCUUCUUCUUCCAAAAUGAUGACUCCUAUAUCUGCCGUCGAUACUAGCAGUAAUAUUGGCUUACCUAUAUCACCACUUGGUAAAGUAAUGGACGAAGGAGCUAUGACAGAAACCGUACACCAUGACGAUGACAGUGACGACAACAGCUUUUACAUGAAUAACAAUAACUUUGCCAGCAGACUAAGAAGUUUAAUAGCGAGACAGCAUUCAGUAUCGUCUUCGGCCUAUUCUACUGAAAAAGACAGGCUGUACGAAGAUGAUACUUUACCGUCACCAUCACCUACUACGCCUGUCGAUCUUGACUUUACAGAGCUGCCUACACCACUACCAACACAAACUAUGAGCAGUAGCAGCAGUACACUUGCAUCCAAGUUUCUAUAUCCUUUACCGCCUGCUACAGCGACGAAAACAUCGACAGAACUAUUAUCAGUAAACGAAUGCAAUGAAAGUAUUGACUCAAAAGUAAUUGGUCGAUCUAUCGGAUCCUAUCUUGUCUGUAAACUAUUAGGCGUAGGUGCCUUUUCAAGAGUUUACUUGGUCGAAAAAAAGGAUACAGAUCAAAAACCAUCUUAUUUCGCAAUGAAAACGAUACAGAAAGGGAAAUUGCUGGAUGAUCCCCGAGUAAGAACGACUAUCGACAGAGAAAUCAAUAUACUAAAAGUAAGCCGUCUAAUUUAGAUAAGUCAUACACUGCUACAUUUACCCACUAAUUACUGUUUAAUUUUCUUUAGGGUAUUGAUCAUCCGAAUAUUAUCCAUUUUGAGGAAACAGUAGAGACAGAAGACAGAAUGUGCAUCAUUAUCGAUUAUAUUGAAGGCGGCGAGUUAUUUGAUUUCGUACAGAAAAUGCACCGUCAAUUGCAGGUGACUCAGCAAAGCGUUGAUGAGAGCCUUAUCAAAUCACUGUUUAAGCAGUUACUGACUGCUGUAGCAUGGUUACAUGAUCAUCACAUAGUCCACAGAGACUUGAAAUUAGAAAACAUUUUGAUACAUAGGAAAAAUCCAUUUCCAACAACUAGCAGUUAUGACCCGGAUGACAUUGUGCUGAAAAUUAC